AUGUUCCGCGGCGAGGGCAAGAAGAUGGCUGGAGCAGGGCGUACUAGAGGCUUAUACCGCGAUGUUGGUACACGCCAACCGGCACAGUCAGUCAUACAAGGGCCAUGUGUUGAGAAGAGUAGCUCCCUGUCAAAGGAAGGAACGAUGGAGAUGCGUCGUGCCGCCGAACGGUCGCACAACAGGGCCGACCGAAAGUCUAUCAACACCGAAGUCUGCCUCACUGCUGCAGGUCUGCGGCGGCCAUAA